CCUAAAAAACUCGAUGUCUGAUCUGCGUAGACAAGUUAAGCUAUUAGAAGACAAAAUGGCAGGAGAGCUUGACGAGGGCAAGGAGCAAACAGCAAAAUUGAGGACCUGGACAGAACAACAGCUCAAGAACUCUCUCCAGUCACAUGCCGAGGACAACCAGGAGCUGGUUUCACUAUUACAAGACAAAAUGUUAGGGGCGGAGUCUAGAUUGGCUGACCGCCUGCUUGCCCUGGAGGCACGUGUGGAGAAGUUUGACAUCCAGCAGAACCAGGCUGAGCGCAGUCGGCAUGAUCAGCUGAAACGCUCAGAAGACAAACUUAGCAGAAGAAUAACCUUAGUGGAGAACAACCUUCAUCAGGAGCUGCAGCUGCUCAAACAGCAGUACCACAAAGGGUUCCAGUCUGUGCAUGAUGCAAUUGAAUCACUGAGUCAGAUAUGUGACAUCAAAUCUCGCCUUGACAAGGAGAAGCUUGAGAAGGAUAUCAGCCACAUCCGCAGCAAGGUGCUCAAGUACUAGGGACAUACGCUGAAGAGGAACUUGUUUUUUCUUGUCACACCUAUCCUGAAGCAAAAGCUUGGAUCAAAGGCUUGGAAG